AUGAAUUUAUUUGGCCAGCCAAAAUUUGAUAUUGAAAAAUUGAGGAAACAUAUAGAAAAAUUGAAGAUCGAGCAAGAAAAGCAGCUUUUAUCGACAAAUUUUGAUCCUUCGCCGACAGCUUGACCUACAAGUAUGGAAAGAAAAGAAAAUAAGUAUGGAUUCCACCUCGACUUAAAAAACACUACCUCGGCAUCUUUAGAGAGCAAAGAGCCUGUUUAUAUAGAAGUUAAGCAUGAUGUUCCAAUAUUACAAAAAGAUCCAAUAAGAUAUAAGAGUCUUAAGCAGCGGUACCAUACAAGGCCUUUAAGGAUGAGCACAGUUUCAUUAAAUGCCUCUACGAAUUUUCAUAAGGAAAGCAUAUAUAUAAAAACAGAAUCAGCGACUCCAAAAUGUUUUCAAAGAAGCAUUUUAUCAAAACACUCGGUAUUUCAAGUAAGCUCAUCUUCAUCUUGUGCUUCUCAAUUUGAGGAAGAUUUAUUUUAUAAUUCAAAUAUUCCUAACUCGUCACCGAAUUCAAGUAAAUUUUCAUGAAAAUCUUUAUCAUUUCAUAGAAAGGCAAAUUCGUUUGGAGGAGAAAAUGUAAAAUCUUUGUCAAAAGGAGGAGGAUUUAUGGCAGCUGGACUAUAUAUAUAUUAAAAUUGUGGAGUCAAAAUCUCCUCUUAACACCUUUAAAAGAGGGGCGGUGCUUGAAAGUGUAUCUGGCUAGGUUUUCUAGCCAGGGAUGGAAUCUUAACGAUAUGGUGAAUAAUUCAUGGAGAGGCUUUUCAAGUUCAAUUUCCUUGAUAAUUUUCCUGAUGAAGAAACUCGAAGUUGAAAGGGUGGUCCUAGCUACUUAUAGGACUCCAACUAGACUUAUUGGAAUAAUCACAAAGCAUAAUAUCCGAUAUUGAGUUCUGGGCUUCGAACUCCGUCUUUAACUGAAAGAUGGCCAAAUAUUAGAUUUUUCUAAUUUUCUGGAAGGCAGGCCACAUUGAUGCACGUACGACCCAUCACUUUACCCUCAGCAAGCCGCGUAUCAGACAAGAGGAGUUAACCCUGCGAGGAGCGGUUGCAGGCUGUCCAACGAGUAAUGCUGGAAUAAAUAUCCUAGUGGUAUUACAGGGAGCUUUUCUAUAAUUUAAUUUAGAUAAGAUUAUGCAGCUGGCCCUUUAAUUAAUAUUAAAAUCCAGCCUCAACAGCUGAGCAGUCCUCAUUCUUCUGCUCAUUCGGAAGACGUGAAAAAUCUAAGUUAUAAAAAUUUUAGAAGUGUUAAAAAUCCAAUUUUUCCUUCAUAUAAAGCCCAGCCAAACGAAGACAUUUUUGAGAAUAAUUGUAAUCGUAUAAAAAGAAGAAGAUUGUAA